AUGCUGCAGUUGAUUCUUCAUUUGGUUUUACAUCUCAUGGCGGAUGAUCACUACCGUAUUGGAGUGGAGGAUGUAGAGGAUGAUGAUGAUGAUUCAUCUGGGGAUGGGGACGAGCUAUAUGAUGUGAACAAGGAGCCUAAUUUGGGUGAGGCAGAAGAUCAGGCUCAAGAUGCGUUGGAGCGUAUGCUUGAUGAGUUUGAAAUUGUAGCUGAACAAGCGCCUCCUAUCGAAAAUGCAAUGGUAGGAAAACCUAUAGGCAAAUGGCGUCGUCAGUAUGCUGUUCAAGUUGGGAUUUGUGCGCGCAAAAUCCCCAUUACUCUUCGUUUGAGCGACGUACCUAUUGGCUUGAUAGACACGUUUUGGAAUGAUACAAGGAGUCUAUUUAAUAUUCCAAAUGAGUAUGCCAAGCGAAGGGUGUUUGAAUCCUUACUUGCGACAACAUUCAGAGGCUUCAAGACCACCUUAGUUUGUCGGUUUAUCACAAAGAAGCUUGUGAGAAAACCAAAGAACAAGAAAGGAGGUGGCAUGGAUGAUGAAGUCAUCGAUGAAGAGAAACUCCCAUGGAAAAUAUGGCCUAGUGUAUCAAAGGAAGAUUGGGAUGCUUUCGUUCUUCAAAAAAGCAAAAAAGAAGCAAUUGAAAUAAGGGAGCAGAAUUCCAAGAAUGCAUUGCAGAAGCAAUACUACCAUCGUAUGGGGUGUAUGACGUUUGAUGAAUGGAGGGAGACGUGGGUGAGUGAGGGAUUAUACCCCACUGCGCUUCUAGGGCCCUCCACAGUGCCCUCUGACUCCACGACCAGUACUUUGGUGAGUCGUGCCGGAGAUUUCUUCUGUUCUUUGCAUUCCCGUGAUAAGAAAACCGGGAAAUGGUCCAUCAAGACUCCGAAAACGAAAGAAAAGGCAGAUAAACUUGUAAGCAAUUAUGAAUUGUGA